UUACGUCGAAUUUGUUUUAUUUAGUAUUGUAAGAAAACGCGCGUGAAUGGUCUGGAUUUUUUAGUUUUUAAGUUAUUGAAUUUUUAAUAAACGAAUGGUGUCAAUAUAUGUUUAAGCAAGACACGACGUUUAAAUUUAUUGUCACGUUAAUCUAAGAAAACAAAAGGAAUCAUUAAACGUUUACUAGUCGACGGCAACGCUAAAGUACAACAACACUUAGUUUAUGAAUAAUAACAACAAUGGGUCGCAGUCCAUCUCCUUCGCAUAGAAGGCGUGAAAAAGAACGUUCCGAACGUAAAAAAAGAAGGGAGCGCCGUUCAAGAGAACGCGAAAGGGACCGCGACCCAGAAAUGGCACCAUCAAGUAGCUCUGGUCGUAGUUUAAGACGAAGGUCACCGCAUCGUCACGACCGUGAUAGGGAUCGUAGUCGCAGCCGGGACCGGGAUCGUAGUGAAAGAAACAGCAGACGCCGGUCGAGGUCACGUUCACAUGGACAUGCUUCAACUUCAGCGUCAUCAUCUACACGUCGCCGUGGUGGUGCCAGUUCACGUGUAGAGCGCCCAAAAAUUAGUGAAGCCGAUUUGGAGGGAAAAUCCCCUGAAGAGAUAGAAAUGCUUAAAACUAUGGGUUUCUGUACGUUCGACACAACAAAAAAUCGAAAAGUUGAAGGUAAUGAUGUCGGAGAAGUACAUGUAAUCCUAAAACGCAAGUACCGUCAAUAUAUGAAUCGUAAAGGCGGCUUCAAUCGUCCUUUGGAUUUUGUAGCAUAGGAUUGUCAUAUAAAUGGCAAUUACGUAUGCUUUGUUGCGAUUUUAGCUGCUUUCUAGUUUUAUUGUUAUUUUUUGUUAGAGUUGGUAAUGAUAAAAAUCAUUACUUUCCAAACAAAAAGCCUGCAAUUUUAUGCAAUAGACCGGUUUACAAAAUUUACACAUUUUACAAAUCAAAAUUUCCAUCACAUACAAACCUACCUCUCUAGUUGUUAAAUAAUAUUUAUAGGAUUUUAUAUCUUUUUUAAACUUUAUAUAAAUACAUAUAUACAUAUUUUUAUUA